CCACAUCACUGUCGCCCCUGCCUCGUUGCCCCCCUGCUGUAUUGGUCGACAUACUUAGUCGUGUCUGUCCUUCCUCCUGCAGGUUUGAGCCGCCGCGCCCGCACGCCCCCUGCGCCUGCUGCGCAGGAGCCUCCAGGGAGGCACCGGUGCAGCUUGUGCGAUUACUCCAGUCCCUACAAGGCUCGCACUAGGGUCCACGAGAGAACACACACCGGGGAGAAGCCCUUCGUGUGCCCAGUGUGCUCGAAAGGUUUUUCGCAAAAGUUCUCCCUGGACAGACAUCUGGUAGCUAUCCACAAAGGCCAGAGGAACUUCGCGUGCUCCGUCUGCGGGAGCGCGUUUUCCUCCAAGAAUACCCUGGACAGACAUUCCAAAGCGGUGCACGAGAACCAGAGGGACUUCGCGUGCUCUGUCUGCGGGUGGGCGUUCCAACGGAAGGACUAUGUACGGCGUCACCAGAGGGUGCACCUUAAUUGGAUGGCUCCUAGUCGUCACGUCACGUCGACGAGUAGGCAGGCUUGCACUGCCUCGGUGGCGUUGCCCCUGCCUUGUUUCCCUUACUUGUAUUCGUCGUUACUGCGCAAUGUAUUCGUUGUCAUAAUAUGUGAGUGUUGGUCGCAAUACUUCAUCAUAUUCAUUCUUAUUGUCGCAGGUGUGAACCGUUCUGAGCACAGCCCCGUACUGGGCAAAGCUACAAAGAGACACCGGUGCAGUAUCUGUAACUACUCCAGUGAUUACACGGCUAAUCUGAAAAUGCACAAGAGAAUUCACACUGGAGAGAGACCUUAUGUUUGCCAAGUAUGCUUCAGGGGAUUUUCGCAGAAGGUCUCUCUCGACAGGCAUUCGGAAGCAGUUCACGUGGGCCAGAGGAACUACCCGUGUUCCGUCUGUCGGUGUGCAUUUAAACGGAAUCAUCAUCUACAGCGUCACCUGAGGGUGCACUUUAAAUAAGGGUGGAACACUUACGGAUUACGUCUGUGUGAACGUACUGAGGCUCUCCUUUGUGUCAAGAUGUCUUCUGGUGUUGAUGUCAUUGGAAUAACUUUUUUUUUGUAUUAAGCUUCUUCUUCCUGAAAUUCCUGUCAUGUAAUCAUUCUAUUGAAGUGUGCCGAUGUCGCCUUUCUGAUGAUAUUCGACAGUGAUUCAUUGAACACGGCUGCACGACGUUCAAUAUUUUGUGUCAUGAUCUUAUAACGGCACUGUCUGUCACGUGUGCUCCCUCGAACUCAUCCCUGCUUUGUGCAAUAUUGUGUCAGCAUCUGAAGUGUACCGCCAGAUACCUCCAGAAGUACUAAGUGUCGAGUGAACGAGGCAGUAAAAUACUGAAUUUAAAAUAUUGCA